CCUGCGACGUCACGUCCGCCCCCUGAACUUCCUUAGGAAACCCCGUGGCCGUGCUCUGGUCUCUUUUUCACCCGGCAGGCCAAGAUGGCGGAUAUUCAGACAGAGAGGGCUUAUCAGAAGCAGCCAACUAUCUUCCAGAACAAGAAGCGUGUGCUUCUUGGGGAGAGCAGCAAAGAGAAGCUCCCUCGAUACUACAGAAGCGUUGGUUUGGGAUUCAAGACCCCCAGAGAGGCAACUGAGGGCACAUACAUUGACAAGAAAUGUCCGUUCACCGGUAACGUGUCCAUCCGUGGUCGCAUUCUUUCAGGUGUGGUCACAAAGAUGAAGAUGCAGCGCACCAUUGUUAUCCGCCGGGACUACUUGCACUACAUCCGCAAGUACAACCGUUUCGAAAAACGCCAUAAGAACAUGUCUGUGCAUCUGUCCCCUUGCUUCAGGGAUGUUCAGAUUGGGGAUAUUGUCACCGUUGGAGAGUGUCGUCCUCUAAGCAAAACUGUCCGAUUCAAUGUCCUGAAAGUAACAAAAGCUGCAGGAACCAAGAAACAGUUCCAGAAGUUUUAAUUGUAAAGCAGAUGUUAAUUCGGGUCAAAUAAAACUUUGUAAAAACCUCA